GCUCUUUUUCUCCGUCCUCGCCAGGUUUAAAAGUCUCCUGGCGUCUUGAUGGUGUUGUGGAAAACUUCCCUUUCAACCGGUUAAAAGAAGCUGCAGACGACCAACUCGUCUUCUCGAUUUUUUUUUGUGUUAAAGGAGACGCUAGAAACAUCUGAUACAAGAUGGAACUUUGUCAGAAAAAAAAUGAAUAACGGAACUCUUUGACCAAUAGGAGGCUUAUGAUUGGAGAACAUUGAGGACAACAGUCUCUGCCCUUGAGUGCGCCGGUGUAAUAUUAAAAGGUGACACCGCCUCGUUCAACCCCAUUGGCCGGUGGGCUGUUGACAAGGCAAGGCACUCCAGGGGUCAAGUUGGUCUUGCUCCGUUUCAAAGUGCAACUUAGGACGAAAUCUGCACGCGGCCAUGUUGUCCAUCCCAGACCUGAUCAAGAAAAAGCGAGACGGCAGCCGGCUGAGCGACGAGGACAUCAAAGCUCUGGUAGGGGCGCUCACGAGCGGAGGCAUUCAGGACGCUCAGACAGGCGCCAUGUUAAUGGCCAUCUGGCAGAAUGGCAUGGACACGGCCGAGACGGAGGCUUUGACCAAAGAGAUGAUGUUCUCGGGGGAAGUCAUGUCGUGGCCAGAGGAGUGGGCGGGGCUUGUGGUCGACAAGCAUUCCACCGGCGGCGUGGGGGACAAAGUCAGCCUGGUGUUGGCACCCGCGCUCGCCGCCUGCGGCUGCAAGGUGCCCAUGAUUAGUGGGCGGGGCCUCGCUCACACCGGGGGUACGCUGGACAAGCUGGAGUCUAUUCCGGGUUUCGACAUCAACCAGUCGGUCCAGCAGGUCCGAGCCAUGCUGAGCGCCGUGGGCUGUUGCAUCGUGGGCCAGACGCAGACCCUGGUGCCCGCCGAUCGCGUCCUCUACGCCAUGCGGGACGCCACCAGCACCGUGGACAGCCUGCCACUCAUCACUGGUUCUAUUAUCUCCAAGAAAGGGGCGGAGUCUCUGUCUGCGCUGGUCCUGGAUGUCAAGUUUGGGCAGGCGGCGCUGUACAAAGACCUGGACGCCGCCAAGCAGCUCGCCAGCUUCCUGGUGCGGGCAGGAAAUGGGCUGGGCGUGCGCACGGCGGCGGUGCUCAGCAAGAUGGAUGCUCCGAUUGGUCGAUGCGUGGGCAACAGUCUGGAAGUGAUGGAGUCUUUGGAGACGCUGAAGGGACGUGGGCCUGAAGACCUGAUGGAACUCGUCACGACCCUCGGCGGCGUGCUGCUGACCAUGACUGGCCUGGCGGCCGACCAAUCACAUGGCAGAGAGAAGAUUUCCCAGGCCGUCACGGGAGGAGACGCUCUGCUCAAAUUCCAGGCCAUGAUGGAGGCUCAGGGCGUGGCCAAGGAGACGGCGCGGGUGCUCUGCUCCGCCCACACCGACUACUUUUCCAUCCUGAGGAAAGCCGAGCAUCAGCUGGAGCUGACGAGCAGCCAAGACGGCGUCGUAGAGGAGGUGUACGGUCUGCCUCUGGCGGAGGUGCUCCACAAGCUGGGGGCGGGGCGGUCCACGGCCGGACAGCCUGUCAAUCACAGCGUGGGGGCGGAACUACUGCUGUCUUCGGGCCAGAAGGUCUACAAGGGGGAGUCCUGGUUGCGUCUUCACUACGAGGACCCUCCUCCCAGUCCAGACCAGAUCAGGCGACUGCAGAGUGCUCUGGUGCUGGGAUCGUUGGACAACAGUCACCAGUAUCUGAAGGAAAGCUUAGUCAGAGAAGUCAUGCUUCCUCGUUGAAACUAUUUUUAUUUCAGUUCCAGGGCGUCGCUCGUGUCUUGAUUGUAUCGCUUCAAUGGAAAUAUUAUGGGCGUGCUAUGGUUUUACAGCCAGCCCUAAAUCGCGUAAAAUUUCACUAAGCAUAGACCUGCCGUUCCAAUUUGACAGAUUAAACUUACCGUAUUUCCUUGAAUUGCCGCCGGGUAUAUAGUAUGCGCCUGCCUAGAAUUACUGCCGGGUCAAGCUCAUUUCGCAAAAUAUUAUUUUUAUUAGCGCAUGUCUAGAAUUUCCGCCGGGUCAAACUCGUCACGUCACGAGUGACACUUCACCUGUCAUCUUUUUCAAAAUGGAGGAGGCUGAUUUCAAUCAUUUGAAAAUCGCAUAAAGGGAAGAAGAUUAAGAGCUAUUCAGUAGGAUUUAAGGUCCAAGCUAUUGAAUAUGCUAAAAAGAACAGUAAGCAGCUAUGUUUUAUUGAUAUACCGUAGCUGCGUGUGUCAAAUAUGAGUCAUUAUAUGACUCCCGCCUCCUGGUGGUAGAGGGCGCUGGUGAUCCUUCUUGCGACUACUCGGCUGCAGAAGAGUUUUUUUCCUCUCGCUUGCACUUUUAACAUGGGGGAUUACAUAUCUAAAAUAAAACGGUUUUCUAAACUGGAUUUUCAAGCGAAGCAAGAGGUAAUAAAAGAAGAUCUCCAUCGAGAGAGAGAGACUUUUAAAACUGAAGAAAGAUAAGGAAGACUUCUAUAAACAAGUUAUCGAUGCCUUUGAUCAGAAGGAGCUGCGCAUGGACUUCAUUUAUAAGUAAAGGUAAGACCAUAAUAACGUUUUUUUAAAUUAAAUGUGCUUUUCAUGAUGGUAUCCUUACAUCACACUCAAAUUUAUAAGCGCAUGCCUUUGGUAAGCGCCGGAGUGAGAAGAGGUUUUAAAUUAAUUAGCACCCCGGCGGCAAUUCAAGGAAAUACGGUAUUAUAGGAAUAGGAACAAUAGGAAUGCUUUGAAACAAGAUCUGAUGAAGUUUAGAUGAAAUGGUUGGCCAUUGUAUAGAAAGUGCUUAAAGAUGUUUAAAUAUACUUUUAGUCUGAAUCAGCUUACUCUUACACACAAUGCAUAUUAAUGUCCUAAAAAACAAAAAAAAGUCUAUGUUAUUACAAAUGUCAAUUAUUUUGUAAUUGGAUGUCAGAAUAACAUCUAGCUCAGGGUUAAGGAAGCCAUGGCUCUCGAGCCAGAUGUGGUUCUUGUGAUGACUGCAUCUGGCUCUCAGAUAAAUCUGAGCUGACGUCGCUUAACACGAUGAAUCAUGAAUAAUUCCGCUGGUAAUCACUGUUGAAAAUAUAAAACAUUCUCAUGCAUUUUAAUCCAUCCAUCAGUUUUUCUAACGCACCUGUUCAAGAAGUCGCAUUAAUGGUAAGAAGUAUUUUAUUUAUAUUGGCUAGUUUCAGAAUAACAAUGUUAUUAGAAAUAAUAAGAGAUUUAUUGUACUCUAAAAAUGUUGCUCUUACUUAUAAAUGCACGCAUUUAGUUGUAUUUGGUGUUAAAAAAUAUGAUAUGGCUCUCACGAGAAAUACAUUUGAAGAUAUUUGGCUUUCAUGGCUCUCUCAGCCAAAAAGGUUCCGGAUCCCUGAUCUAGCUGUUCAAAAUCUAAAGAACAAUAGAAUAGAAUAGAUCAGAAUAUGUAUUUAUUGUCAUUGUACAUUGUACAAUUGCAAUCAAACCAUCCAUCCAUCCAUUUUCUACCGCUUAUUCCCUUUGGGGUUGCGCGGGGCGCUGGUGCCUAUCUCAACUACAAUUGGGCGGAAGGCGGGUUACACCCUGGACAAGUCGCCACCUCAUCUCAGGGCCAACACAGAUAGACAGACAACCCCCAAUACCAAGCUACCUGCUUCACUCGGGUAAAGGUACUACAACUUCCAAUGGUUUCAGAAAGUUCAAAGUCCUUCAGUACACUUUAUGUAGAAACAAAUGUGAGUCAGUCGUCUGGACAAAGCAACAAAGUGGAACAAGGCUUUGCUCGUUGCAGACUAUAAUUAGUCGACUUCACAUGAAGUUGUGAAACAGUCUGGUGACUAUCCAGAAUGUCUCUUACAGUAAAGAAGACAAUAUUCCAUGUUUCAUUAAAAACAUCAAAGUGUGCUAUGGCAGAAGACACCACCUGCUGGUUGAAUUUAGAACUACAAACAGCUGAAUCCUUAACUGCAUAAUGUGAUAUAUGUAUAUAUGUAUAUAUAUAUAUAUAUAUAUAUAUAUAUAUAUAUAUAUAUAUAUAUAUAUAUAUAUAUAUAUAUUAGGGCUGGGCAACAAUUACAAUUUUUAAUCGAAGUUAAUCGCACUAUUUCUCCGAUUAAUCGCGAUUAACUGCAUUGUAUACGCAAAGCCCAAUAAUGAAUUCAAAAGUAGUGUGUAGUGCACCUUUAUUGGAAUAUUCUCCCACAUGAACAAAAGCGCCAAAACAUUUGUUGUGCAAACACAAUUUAAAUCAGUCCUUGUUAAACAGUAGCAGUUAAAUAGCAUAUUUUAUGAAAAUCAACUCCAAAAAUGUAAAUACAAACAUUUAAGCUUAUUGCCACUGCCAGGGUAUUUAAGUUAUCCUGUUUGUUAUGGAAAAUAAAUAUAAUCUACAUACAAAUCUCUGAGCCACAAUCAUAACAUCUGAACAGGCAAUUUCUGAGGUAACAGCAGAAACAUUUUUUUUUAUCAGGGAUCUUAUGUUUAAAAAACCUAUAUUAUAGGUAGUGGGCUGUUUUAGGGAAUUUUUGAUCAAAUUAUCCGUAGUAGCAAUAUUAAUAAUGUUGUGUUUAUUCUGCGUAGUGCACUUAAAAUAAUUAAGACCAUAUCAAGGAAUUGAUAUGAUGGGAAUUUUCCGAUUGUUUGCUUGGUGCUUUGAUAAACUGAAUGCAUCAUAUACAUGGUACUAUAUUGUGAUGUUAUGAGCCAGGGGAAAAAAGAACUACCCUACCCAGCAUGCAACAGGAGUGACGAGCAUGCGCGGUAGCCCGGUAUAGGUUGUGUCGCCAUGACGGCAUCUUGUAUGUUGUGAUAUGCACGCUCUGAAAGCAAACGUUAAGAACUCAGCCAACACUCCUCGUCUGCAUUAUUCACAGAUAGACCGACAACACAUAUACUCCGCUGCUUCACAGGCCGCUGGAUGUAGACGGCAAAGUAUUCCCAUGCUAGCUAGCCGGUCUAGCAAGCACACGUCAUUCAGUCCAAAACGGCCCGAUCUAUCCACAUUCAGAAUUGUCUGGCGGUCGUAAGUGAUCCCGGAGUGACCACGCUGUAAGCCAGCCAUGAAAUUUGCAGAAUUGUCUGGUAUUUUUGCCAAAUGUUCCAUCUUUACCAAGAGCCCCUCCACACCGAAGCUUUUCCGGGCGACACCGUCUUGUUAAGAAAAGGCGUUAACAAAAUAAAAGCAUGUAAACAACAUACGCAAAUGUGCGAUAAAAUAAUUGUCGGCGUUAAUAGAUUGAUGAGUUAACGCGUAAUUAACGCAUUAAUUUGCCCACCCCAAUAUAUAUAUAUAUAUAUAUAUAUAUAUAUGUAUAUGUGUGUGUAUAAGGGUUGUAUCGAUACCAAUACAAUAAUUUGGUACUGGUACCAAAAUGUAUUUGGAUACUUUCCUAAAUAAAGGGCACCAUAUAAAAAGUCAUAUUGUUUUUAUUGUGACAACAAAUGUAGAUCAGGAGUCGGGAACCUUUUUGGCUAAGAGAGCCAUACAAGCUAAAUAUUUUAAAAAGUAUUUCCUUGAGAGCCUUAUAUUUUUUUCAAGACUGAAUACAACUAAAUGCGUGCAUUUUUAAGUAAGACCAGCAUUUUAGAGUAUAAUAAGUCUCUUAUUCUUUUUAAUAACAUUGUUAUUCUCAAGCUAACUAACAAAUAAAAUACUUACCAUUGAUACAACUUUUUGAACAGGUGCGGUAGAAACCAUAUGGAUGGACUGAAAUGCAUGAGAAUGUUUUAUAUUUUGAACGUUAUAUUUGACACUGUGAUUACCAGCGGAAUUAUUCAUUACUCACCGUGUUAAGCAAUGUCAGCUCAGAUCUAUCGGAGAGCCAGGUGCAGUCAUCACAAGAACCACAUCUGGUUCUUGUGCCAUAAGUU